UUUGCGCUGGAGAAAGAGGAAGCGCGCUUCGCCUCUCCAUCACAUUUCACUUUGGAAACACUGAAAACAAAGAAAGCCAGGAUGUAAAAACAACAACAAUAAAAAAAACACUAGAGGACGUCCACACAUCCCGCUACAAAUCGCUUCCCCUGAGUGUUGUGGUCCAACAGACUGGUUCAUUCUGCUCCAUCGCCCGCGUGUGUUUUUUUUUUUUUUUUGUGGUGCUCUGCUCGGUGCCGGAGUCCGCCGACCGACGAGGAGAGGUGCUGCUCGCUGCUUCAUCCCGCUAGAUGGAUCCGAGCUCUCCCUCUCUCACUUGCUAACUGAGGACUCGGGUCUUUGCUGAAAGUCUGAUUUGGUUUUGGAAGAGUUGGGGAUUUUGUCCCCCCUCCCUCCUCGACUUUUACUGAUGUCAGUUGAUUUGGAGGAGUGUCAACUGUGAAGGUGAGGAGGACUACUUUUUAAGACUCGACUUCACGAUGGCGACAGGAGUAUCAGCGUGGCUCCCUUUUGCCAGGGCAGCAGCCAUUGGCUGGAUGCCUGUUGCCAACUGCCCCAUGCCUGUUGCACCAAUGGACAACAGUAAGAGACAGGAUGAGCUGAUAAUCCUCAAUGUCAGCGGCCAUCGCUUUCAGACCUGGAGAACCACUCUGGACCGCUAUCCUGACACCCUGCUGGGCAGCUCCGAAAAAGACUUCUUUUACAAUGAGGAAAUCAAAGAGUACUUCUUUGACCGGGACCCUGACGCCUUCAGAAGCAUCCUCAACUUCUACCGGACGGGGAAGCUCCACUACCCCCGCCAACAGUGCAUCACAGCCUACGAUGAGGAGUUGAUCUUUUUCGGCAUCAUCCCCGAGAUCAUCGGCGACUGCUGCUACGAAGAGUACAAGGACAGGAAGCGGGAGAAUUUAGAGCGGCUUCAGGACGAUCAGGAGGAGAACAAGGACAUGAAGCUGCCCAACAUGACCUUCAGGGAGACCAUGUGGCGUGCCUUUGAGAACCCCCACACCUCCACCAUGGCCCUGGUCUUCUACUAUGUCACGGGUUUCUUCAUCGCCAUCUCGGUCCUCACUAAUGUGGUGGAGACGGUGCCCUGCGGUUCCACCGCCAACCAGAAAGACAUGCCGUGUGGCGAACGCUACACAGUGGCGUUCUUCUGCAUGGACACCGCCUGCGUCAUGAUCUUCACAGUGGAGUACCUGUUGCGCCUGUUCGCCGCACCCAGCCGCUACCGCUUCAUGCGCUCGGUGAUGAGCAUCAUCGACGUGGUGGCCAUCUUGCCGUACUACAUCGGCCUGGUGAUGAGCAACAACGAGGACGUGAGCGGCGCCUUCGUGACGCUGCGCGUGUUUCGAGUGUUUCGCAUCUUCAAGUUCUCCCGCCACUCGCAGGGCCUGCGGAUCCUGGGUUAUACGCUCAAGAGUUGCGCUUCGGAGCUGGGCUUCCUCCUCUUCUCGCUCACCAUGGCCAUCAUCAUCUUCGCCACCGUCAUGUUCUACGCAGAGAAGGGCUCCAGCUCCAGCAAGUUCACCAGCAUCCCGGCCUCCUUCUGGUACACUAUAGUCACCAUGACGACGCUGGGGUACGGAGACAUGGUGCCAAAGACGAUCGCCGGGAAGAUCUUCGGCUCCAUCUGCUCCUUGAGUGGCGUGCUGGUGAUCGCUCUGCCAGUCCCAGUUAUCGUGUCUAACUUCAGUCGCAUCUACCACCAGAACCAGAGAGCCGACAAACGCCGCGCUCAGAAGGUAAAAAAAGCCAGACUGGCCAGGAUAAGAAUAUCCAAGUCCGGCAGCGUCAACGCCUUCCUCCACAGCAAACGCAACGGACUACUCAACGAACUGCUGGAGCUGACGACAUCAACCAACUGUCUACUUUUUAAAGAUACAGAAGAGGAUGAGCAGAAGCUGACUAAGUCCACCUCUCUGUUAGAGAGCCAACACCACCACCUACUGAACUGUCUGGAGAAAACCACUGCUCAUGCGUUUGUGGAUGAGCAGAUGUACGAGCAGAACUGUUUAGAGACAGCCCUACAGACCUACCCGUCACGUAGCCCCUCUAUAUCCAGCCACGACAGCUCUGCGGGUACCUGCUGUUGCCGCAGGGUAAAGAGAAACACUCCUCUGCCCUCCAGCCAUCCCAUCCCAACAUACCAGGGCCCCCUGCAGGAGCUCAGUGCCAUCCACAUACAGUUUGGUGAUCCACCAUCACACACCGCCAGUCGUUCAAACCUCAACCGCAAAACCGAUGAAAGCGGCAGGCUCAACAGCAAAGGCAGCCGGAUCACCACGGCGAUCAUCAGCCUCCCGUGCCCCCCCGCUUUGACACCGGCCGGCGAUAGCCUACGCAGGGCCCCGCAGAGGAGGCCGCCCCUAGCCUCGGGUCACCCUGCACCUCCAAGCAUCCAGACCACAACAAGCUCAGCUGGCACCAACAUCAUCAAAGUCUCUGCUCUGUGACUCACUGGCUGACGGAUGUAAGAUAAGGAGGAGGAGCAGGCGAAACAGGUUACACUACCUUCAUGGACGCACCAUGUCCCGUCUCACAGGGUCAUCAGGAGGAGCACUGUAUUCCAGAGAAGACAGACGACAUGGAGCCGUUACUGAGGUAGAAGAUUGUAGAUAUGUGAACCGAGAACCACACACUUGUCAUGUUGUGUAUGUACUGUUGAUACGGACAGAGUCGCUGCAUUUCUAAUAGUUUCUAACAGCACUACAGAAGUUUUUACAGCAAGUAUUGUGGAAAAAAAUUGGAAGACAUUGCACAAUUAGCAUAUCCGUACAUCAGCACAUACUGUACGACGUACCACCAAUUCACACUUAAUUUAAAGUGAAUUCACGGUGAAAUAGUGAAACGGAUAUUUUGUUGACUUCAAAUGUGUUUGAAGGAAGAUUAAGAAAAGUGUUGACUGUGUUUACUUGAAUUUGAUUGGACUCGUUUGUGUUACGUGUUGUUUGUCUUUAGAAUUUUGAAGGAAAAAAAACGAUUUACAGCAGCAUAUGAAAAGUCCGGUACCUACGAUGCUGCUAACAUCAUAUCGCUGAAAUGUGAGGUUUUUUUUGUUCAAAUUUGUAUCUAGUCAUGGUGUCAAAGACUCAAACCAAACUGUGCUUUUUAGUUGCUUGAUGUUUAAAUUUCAGACUGGAGAUGGACUUCAGUGAGUGAGUGAGGCUGACCUGACACUGACUUCAUGACUUAUAGGUUUCCAUACUGAGGUGAGACAAAGCAGUGGUUUUCAAUUUAAUAGUAAAAACCCUCCAGCUGACCUCACAAUUACUUACAAGUGAAGGUUUUAUAUUUUUAUUAAAGAAUAAGGCCAGCUUUAUUCUUUUUGUUAUUGUUAAUAAAUCACAUGAAAACCUCACAGAAGUGUGUUAGCCUGUCUUUCAAAAUGUUCUGACCUCCUCACCCUCUCUGUGGCUCUUAGACCCAAACCUAUAUGUUUCUACUGAUGACACAAAUUUUAAAAAAGGCAUUACAAAAAAAACAUUUUUUUU